CAUGAUCAUUAAAUUAAACUCCAACUAAAUCACCUGCAAAUUGCAAUCACACCACCACAUUUCCAUCACCUCCACCGCCGUAUAUUCUCUCCGAUCCGAUCAAACUCAUGGCAUCCGAAGACUCCAUCGAAAUCCCACCGGAGAUCAUCACCAACAUCCUCCACCGUCUUCCAUCAAAACCUCUAACCCGCUUCAAAACCGUUUCAAAAAACUGGCAAUCUCUAAUCUCCGACCCCCAAUUCAUCAAACACCAUCAAAAAACCCUCAACCGCCGCCACCUCAUCUGCGACAUCUACAACACCCCACUCUACUCAUUCCCCAUCAACCCACACCACCAAACCCCACAAAACCUCACCCGCCAUUUACCCCACACCGAUAAAUUCACCUUUCACGGCUCCUGCAACGGCCUCGUGUUAGCUUCCGCUGACGACUUCGAUGGCGCACAUUCCCUAAUCGUCAUCAACCCCACAACUAGAGAAUGCAUACAGGUACCAGAAUCCGGUUAUGAUGUUGUAGAUAAGUUGUUACAAGUUGAUAUCAAGUACGGAUUCGGUUAUGAUCCGUUGACUGAUGAUUACAAGGUUGUUACAGUUUCCUACUUUCAUAAUAAUUAUAUUAUGUUUCCUCGUACAAUGUCUGUGCAUGUUUAUAGUCUUAGGGAUAAUGAUUGGAGGCGGGUGGGUGAUUCGGUUUAUAAUCAUUCUCGUGGGUGGAAUUUGCCGGGUGUUUUUGUUAAUAGCGUUCUUCAUUGGGUUGUUGGUAAAGGUUUGGACGGUUUACGGGUGAUUGUCGGUUUUAGUUUAGCGGAUGAGACGUUUAGUGAAGUGCCAUCGCCCGAGUUUGGUGAUCGGGGUGAUGUUUUGUCGAAGAGGGAAUGUAGGCUUGUUGUUGUGGGUGAAAAGCUUGGUGUGUUUUUUGAAGAUAAGGUGUGGGUGAUGAAUGAGUAUGGGGUGAGGGAAUCUUGGGUUAAGAUUGUAAUAAAUGGGAUUAAUAAGAUUCGGGUGGUUGAUCCGGAGAUUCUGUAUGAAGAUGGAAAGAUUUUGAUGCUGUGUGGUGGUUUAAUGUGGGUGUAUGAUGUUGAAGAAAAAUGUUUUCGUGAACAUAUUGAUAUUUGCGGGGGUGUUGGCGGGGUGAUGGUUAGAGGUAGUUAUGUCGAAAGCCUUGUAUCGCCGAAAUUCAGAUGAAACGGUUAGAAAUCAUCAGUUGAAGUGAAUGGGAGAUGGUGAUGUUGCUUACAAAAGAAGACUGAAAGUGGUGGCAAAGUGGGCGGUUUGGAUCAAGUAUGAUACCCGGUGGGUUGGAUGGAUAGGGUAUCGGGUCAGAGUUGUAUUCGACUUGUUGAAAUUGGUUAGCCU